AUGCAAAUGCCAAAUGAGGAAGAGGCUUUGACAAGUAUGCUGAUGUCUUGGUAUAUGACCGGUUACCACACAGGUUAUUAUCAGGCUCUUCAAGAUCAGAAGAAAAUAGAAGACAGUGCAUCCCAGUAA